UGCCCAAUAUCACGGUACUGGAAUUUUUGCCAUGGAGCAAGAUUUGGCAUUUGGCAGCUGCCAGCCGCUCAUGGAGAGAGACCGCCCUCCAAUGGCACAGCAACCCACAUUCAGCGCGCUGCUUGAAGUUUAAUGUCAGUGGCAACGUUUGUUCAUUCAUCUGCAACCUCUCGUGCAACAGUAUGAUUGCGCGACAGCACCAUGAUGUCAUAUUGUCUUUCGGUGGGCUCUCUGCGAGGAAGGAUCCACAAUUUCGCUGGGUGUGACAAGUUGAUGAUGAACACUUUGAUGACCGCGAUGAAGAUUGGUGGAAUGAUGAUGAAUACCCCUAUGCUGCCGGGCUUUACAUUUGUGGGUACACGAACCAACCGGAUUUUUUCAAGAAGAUGAACCUUCCUCCUGAAGUCGAAGGUCCGGGUUCCCACAAAGUUGAGCUGAUAUUCGACCUGGAUGAGGAUGGGUACAGCGAUGCAGACAUUGAAUUGGUGGUAGAUGGUCAUGUGAUGGACACCGGACCUGGACUGGGUAUGAAGGGCCGUGGAAAAGGCAGCAUCAAAGUCGGCCCAAUCGUUCCAAGCUCAAGGAGGCAGCUUGAAGUCAGAAUCUUUCCAUUGGGCCCAGUCUGCAUAUGGAACGAAGAGGCAAGAUCAGAAGAACGAAGCACCUGGCAGUAUUGGGAUGAUGGCCACGAAGACUUUGACUGGUGAAUCAUUCUUGAUUGCAUGUUAAAAU